UGAGUCAGCAAAUCAAUAUUCAAUGGUUCCCAAACGAAACUAAUAAUUUAUUUCAAUAGUCUCUGUUAAACUUUGUAGUUUUCUUACCCCAGUUCCCGCCAGUUUUUCCUUGUUUUGAAUUUGAUUAAUAUUUCUUAUAAUUCUUUUGAACUCUUUGAAUCUGUUGAAAAAACAAAUUGCAAAAUUAUAUUAAUUAUUCGAAUGGAUCAUCAAAACUCGCAAUCGUUUGUGUCUCAGUCACAUUUCUAUGUAUCAUAUCUCCAAGACAGCUUGAAAUCGAAAGUCCCAUUUCCCAUAAAGUUAAUCCAUGGCCGUAUAAUCAAAUCAGGCAUCCACUUAAGUGUUUUCCUUAUGAAUAAUCUCAUAAAUGGGUAUGCGAAGACCGGGUUUUUAUCCUAUGCUCGUAAAGUGUUUGAUGUAAUGCCUGUGAGAGAUACUUCUUCUUGGAAUACACUUUUAUCUGGUUAUUCAAAAGGGGGUUUAAUUAAUGAAGCACAUUCAAUUUUUAAGGAAAUGCCUUACCGGGAUUCGGUGUCAUGGACUACUAUGAUUGCUGGGUGCAAUUUUGUUGGUCGUUUUCAGGUUGCAAUUCAGAUGUUUCUUGAGAUGGUUAGUGUAUCUGAUGUUUCGCCAACACAGUACACGUGUACGAGUGUUCUUGCGUCGUGUGCUGAGAUUAGAGCGUUAAACGAGGGACGGAGAGUUCACUCCUUUGUUGUUAAAUUUGGGUUGAGUAGUUAUGUUUCUGUAGCGAAUUCUAUGUUGAAUAUGUAUGCUAAGUCAGGGGAUAGAAAUGCAGCUCAAAUGGUAUUUGAUGGGAUAGUAGUGAAGAACACGUCGAGUUGGAAUACAUUGAUCUCGUUGUAUAUGCAAACUGGUCAGGUGGAUUUAGCGUUGGAGCAAUUCGAGCAAAUGAAUGAGCAUGACAUAGUUUCGUGGAACUCAAUGAUUACGGGCUAUAAUCAGCACGGCUUUGACGUUCUAGCUCUUAGUAUGUUCUCUAAAAUGCUUAAAGAAUCGUCGCUGGAGCCUGAUAGAUAUACUUUAGCAAGUGCAUUAUCAGCUUGUGCUAAUCUUGGAGAACUAAAUGUAGGAAAACAAAUACAUGCUCAUCUCAUCAGAACUGAAUUCGACACAUCAGGAGCUGUUGGAAAUUCUUUGAUUUGCAUGUAUUCCCGGAGCUGUGGCGUAGACAUUGCUCGAAGAAUUUUAGAGAAAAGUAGAGAGUCCAAUCUAAAUGUAAUUGCGUUUACGUCACUACUGGAUGGGUACAUAAAGCUUGGUGAUAUAAGUCCAGCAAGGAAGAUUUUUGACUCAUUGAAGGACCGUGAUGUUGUCGUUUGGACAGCCAUGAUUGUUGGUUAUGUUCAAAAUGGCUUUAAUGAUGAUGCGAUGGAACUCUUUAGGUUAAUGGUUAAAGAAGGGCCAGACCCGAAUAAUUAUACUCUAGCAGCAAUGUUAAGUGUAUGUUCAAGCGUGGCAUCGUUAAAUCAUGGUAAGCAAAUACACUCAGCAGCCAUUAAGGCAGGGGAAGCAUUAUCAGUUUCUGUUAGCAAUGCCCUGGUAACUAUGUAUGCCAAGGCUGGAAAUAUCAGCUGCGCAAGGAGAGUAUUUGAUUUGAUACACCUGAACAGAGACACGGUCUCUUGGACUUCGAUGAUCUUGGCUUUAGCUCAGCAUGGACUUGGAGCUGAAGCCUUACAAUUGUUUGAGAAUAUGCUUGCAUUUGGGAUGAAGCCUGAUCAUAUAACGUAUGUUGGUGUUCUUACUGCUUGCACACAUGUCGGAUUGGUUGCUCAAGGCCGUAAUUAUUACAAUAUGAUGAAAGAGAUUCAUGGAAUUGAACCGACGUCAAGCCAUUGUGCUUGCAUGAUUGACCUCUUUGGUCGUGCUGGAUUGCUAGAAGAAGCACAAGACUUCAUAGAAAAUAUGCCAAUCGAACCAGAUGUGAUUGCAUGGGGUUCGCUUUUAGCAUCUUGUAGAGUUCACAAAAAAAUGGAGCUAGCAAAAGUUGCAGCUGACAGAUUGCUUUCAAUUGAUCCGGAAAACAGUGGGGCCUACUCAGCACUUGCUAAUGUGUAUUCUGCUUGUGGAAAAUGGGCGGAAGCUGCUAAGAUCAGAAAAUCAAUGAAGGAUAAACAGGUCAAGAAAGAACAAGGAUUUAGCUGGAUUCAAAUAAAAAACGUAGUCCACGUCUUUGGUGUAGAAGACGGGCUUCAUCCGCAGAGAGAUGCUAUUUACAAGACAAUGGAAAAAAUCUGGAAAGAUAUCAAAAAGAUGGGAUUCAUUCCUGACACCGAGUCAGUGCUUCAUGAUCUUGAUUACGAGGUGAAAGAGCAGAUUCUUAGACAUCAUAGUGAGAAGCUUGCAAUUGCAUUUGGGUUAAUAAAUACCCCGGAGAACACUACUUUAAGGAUCAUGAAGAACCUUCGAGUAUGUAAUGAUUGUCACUCAGCAAUCAAAUUUAUCUCCAAGCUUGUAGGAAGAGAAAUCAUUCUGAGGGAUGCCACUCGUUUUCACCAUUUCAAAGGAGGUUUCUGCUCAUGUCAUGACUAUUGGUAGGUCAUGAACCAAAUUUUAUCUAAAAUUCCACAUCAGAGCAUCUUUGGAGAAAAUUCCAAAGGAGGUUCGAGAAAUUCAUACAUAAAGGUAAACAUAACUACGAAGUAUGCCUUCACUGAUGGCAGUGCUGUAUAACUUUGUCAUCAUGUCAGUAGCUCCUCAGAGAGGCUUUCUGGUAUACAACAACAAUAACAAAAUACGCAGUGUAAUCCCACAAGUGGAUCUGGUAACGGUAGAGUGUACGCAGACCUUACUCCUGCCUUGGUAGGUAGAGAGUCUAUUUCAGAUCAGAGUGGCUUUGCGGUAUACUUAAUGAAAUUGUAAAAUAAAAAAAUCAAAUAUAUUUUUGUAUAUUCAUCAUUUACAGACUCAGACGUUAUCUUGGAGUACUGCUUCUGCAGGAUUCCACACGACUAAUGUCUUGGAUGAACUAUGGUCUCUCCUUCAUCUCUCAGUACACCAAAUCAGGUAAGUAUACAUACAUUUCUUGGUCAACUUCAUAGGUUUAAAGCUCAAUUUUCACGGCAAUCAAGAUUGUUGUCAUCUGAUAUUGUCCGUUGCAGAUGUAGAAUACAUGAUUUCCCUUGCUGUUGCUCUAGUUUGUGAUGCAGAAGGUAGAACAGGUCAUCAUUCUCAGAUGACUCUACUGACAUUUAUCUCAUUGUUAGGGAAGUGGAUGGUGAACCAAUAGUUUAGACGAGGUUUGAGGAAACUUGAUUCACACUUGUAACUACUUUGCAUGUACGAUGAUAGUGCAGUUACACGUGUUGCCUUUGGCAUAAGGUCAAGAUAUCAACAUAUCUGCAUCUUAUUUCAAUACUACAACAACAACAACGAACAUAGUGUAAUCUGAAUUGGGAAUCUAGGGAGGAUAGAGGGUAUGCAAACCUUACACCUACCUCGUGGAGGGGCGAGCUGAUUGUGUAACAAAAUGGAGAGAACUAGUGUAUGACGACAAUAAUGCUGAGAUGCAGGGACAGUUUUUAUUCUGCAUUCUUCGAGUUGUCUUUGUUGUUUAAUAGUGAAUCAGUACUAUCAUAACCAGAAAAAACAGUACAAACUUAGCAAUUUUAAAUAUUUCGUCGAGCUGAUAACUGAUAUACCAGUUAUAAAUUCAAGAAAUGAACCGCAAAUGGUGGUUUGUUGUUUUUUCCUUCUUGUUA